CGCUCGUACGUCUUUGCUAGAUAGGUGGCGGACAUUCAUCUUCCAUUCCUUCAUGGCGUUGCUGUCGUUUAGUGAAGUGUAGCACGUGGAUGACUGGCUUUCGAAUCUCAUUUGUUUCAUUGUAACAAACAAAUUCGGAGUUCUAUACAUAUUAACUUUGGAGUAGAUCUUCCACGAUGAGCUCAAGUAUCUGUUACCGUUGUAACCGUACUGGUCAUUUCGCUAGAGAAUGUCCUCAGCAAGGAUUUGAUCGUGGAAGUAGUGGCGGUGGUGGUGGCGGAGGAGGUGGUGGCGGUUAUGGAAGAGGAAGAGAAAAGUGCUACAAGUGCAACCGCUUUGGACACUUUGCAAGGGAAUGCAAGGAAGAGCAAGACAGGUGUUACAGAUGCAAUGGAGUUGGGCACAUUGCAAAAGACUGUCACCAGGCAGCAGAUGAACCAUCUUGCUACAACUGCAAUAAAUCGGGCCACAUUGCCCGUGAAUGUCCAGAAUCAAGCUCUCGCAGUGGUGGCGGUGGAGGUGGAGGCGGAGGAUCUUACUCUACUUGUUACAACUGUAAUAAGUCUGGCCACCUGGCCCGAGACUGUCCUGAAGGAGGAAGGACCUGUUAUGUCUGCGGUAAGACUGGACACAUAUCCCGUGAAUGCUCAAAAAAUAAUGACUAAAAACAGUCCAUUUAUCUUAUUUUUUUGACUAUUGUUUGGAAAGGGAGGUUUUAUUUUCUGGUAAGGUAGCAUUUAAUUCUAGCAAACUUAAUUCUGUUAAGUAACAUUUAUAUACUUUUCAUUGGUUUAACUAUAUUGGGGCUAAAUCUUUUGUUCAGGGUUUAGUCAGAAGUGAGCAUUUAAAAUGUGUUUAAAUGACUGCAGAUUUAAUAUUAACCUAGGCUCAUUAAAAGAAGCCUAGAUUAGUUAUUUUUGUGUUUUGUUUUAAUAGCUUAAACAACUUAUUCAUACUGUUUAUAAAUCAAGUUUAAAGAUUUUA